UUAUCAGAGAGAGAGAGCGAGCGGGCGAGCGAGAGAGAGAGAGAGCGGGCGAGCGAGAGAUAGAGAAAGUGAAGGAAAACACAGAGAGAAGGACGUUGGGCGAGUGACAUAACGGGGAAAUAGGAGAGAGAGAGAAACUAACAGAAACUCCGAGUUAGUUUGGAAAUGACAGCUGAACACACACGAACCCAUCUGUAGAGCUCGGCCGCCAUGUCUAAAGCGACGGUGAAGAAGCUGCACUGGCGCUCCAAGGUGCAGGAAAGCUUCGUCCCGCUGGGCGGCGGCUCCGGAGAGCUCGGUCUGGCCAUCGGGGGCGGGGCCGACUACGGCGAGUUCCCCUUCGUCACUGCAGCUCACGGGGGCGGGGCCACGGUGAGCGACAUCAUCUUGGAGAUCGGGGGAACGCCCGUGUUAGGGAUGACCCUCGGUGAUGUCAGAGGAGUCCUCAACUCCUGUCCUCAUCCAAUCAGAAUCAAGACCGUCUCGCCAGGUUCGUCCCUCUGUAAGGACCUCAGGUUGUACCUCAGCAAGUGUUUCACUCCGGGCUCCAUGGACAGUCAGCUGCAGCAGCUCAUCAGAGAGAACCUGUACCUGAGAGCUGUCCCCUGUACGACCCGGCAGCCUCGGGACGGGGAGAUCUCAGGUGUGGACUACAACUUCGUGUCCAUCGAGGAGUUUUUCUCCCUGGAGGAGUCCGGAGCUCUGCUGGAGAGUGGCAAGUUCAAAGGGAACUACUACGGGACGCCCCGCCCAGUCCACAUCGGCCCGGAGAGUCCACCAAUCACGUACCAGGAGCAUCGAAACCUGCUGAGGAACUUCAGGACGAGGAGCAAAUCUCUGAGCAACCUGGAGAAAGCUGUGGAGGAGGGAGACAACAGUGAGGAGGACAGCGGGCUGUCAG